CGCGGCUCAUUUUUGCCGCAUUUGUGCCAAGGAAGCGCGCUGUGGCUCGCUCAGAGAGCCCUUGUCGUCAUCCGAACGCGUGGACUCGUCGCCGUCGUGCAGCGGCACAGUCCCAUCUGCACACUCACAUUUGCUGACCCAUGGCUCUCACGGCGCUCCCGAGUGACUGCCUGCUUGCCUGCUUGGCACGCGUGCCCUACGCCGACCUGCGCAAUGUCAUCCCCAGCACUUGCAAGAGCCUGCGCGACGCCGUGACGUCGGCGGCGUUGCGCAAAACGCGAGAAGCGGCUGGAUGGACGGAGUGGGCUGUGUUCGCGGGUCGAUACGCCGUUGGGUCACAGUGUUUUAUCAUUACGGCGUUGGGCGCGCGCCGCACGGCGCGUCGUCCACACGUUCACGGCGAAUUUGUAACGCGCUUCUCGCUGUCGAGUGGCCAAGAUGCGGUAAUCGUCAUGGAGAACGAAAACAGGUCAAUGCGUGCUUGUGUGUUUGACCCGCGCCAGGAUUGCUGGCACUAUAUCUCUCCGCUCUUUCUAGUGCAGAACGUUGGCAGUCAACUCCAGGGCAAUAUUUCCACCGAGGGUGCGACUGGGACAGCACUUGGUAGUUCCAUCAUGGCUCUUGGCGGUGCUUCUGAUAGGAACUUCGACCUGUACGACACUUCCCAAAAUACAUGGUCGCGGCAGCUCCCACUGCCAUUCAAUAGCUCAUAUUCGCAAUUCGUAGAGGUCGCCGGGAGGCUCUGGUGUUACGCAUCUAAUGAUCAUCUCCAGGAAACGCAUAUAUAUGAUCCUGAGACGCGCCUUUGGACAGCCGGACCGCGCCUCCCGUUUGCACUUUUUCAGGGCGGCACAGGCGUUCAUUGGCACACCAAUGCGUUAGAAGUGCAUGGUAAGUUCUGCAUCAUGGCCUAUUUCGAGUUGAUUCCUGAAACAGCGAGCUACUCGGCUUUCGUGUGGGACCCGGCCAGAGAAAGUUGGGACGAAGCGCCAUUUCCCGUGCCGCCGGUCGUCGGCUUCGAGUGUAGCCACAUUGACGGCCAUCUCAUUGUUAGCGGCCACCUUCCUUCGGACCUGGGCCCGGAUACCAUGCAGUUGGGCGCGUCCGAUGAUGAUUCACGCCUCUUCGUGCUGAGCCCGGGUAGCACGGAAUGGGCCGAGUGGCGCCUCCCCGACGGUGUCGAGCGAGCGACGCGCAUCGCCGCGAUUCGCCUCGGUUAG